AUGUCAUCAUCAUCACUACUAUCAUCAUCAUCAUCAUCACCAACACUUAUGUUGGGCAUUGACGAUACAUGCUCCAACUCAACAACAUCAUGGUCAUGUGGAUUAUGCCAAUCGAUUCUUUCAAAGAGUUUUAGCAUCCAGGACAAUGAAACAUCGAUCAACUUCAACUUUGUAAUUGAUGCCGUGGCCAUUGGUUACAUCUUCUCAGCACUCUACCUCCUCUUCCGAAUCCAGCGAUCAUACACCUAUCUCCAACAAUCAACAAAUAAGUUUGCCGAUCCAAACAAUAACAACAACAAUGACAACAAUAACAACAGCGAUGGAAAGAAGUCAUGCAACAUCAAUGAUGGAGUAGGGAGCUCAUACGUUUCAAUCAACAUGUCUGGUGAGAAUCAGAUGUUGUUUGAUAAUAACAUGGGCAUAACGAUCAAUCAGCCAAAGAUCAUCGUGUCCACCUACUUUAGGUACAUCCUGUUCGUGAUCACAUGGCUGGCAAUAAUGGGCGUCAUCUUGAUGUUCAUGCCACCAUGGUCCGGCGUGCUCUACCCCACGCUGCUCGUCAUCCUGGGCGGCAUGCACGUCAUCACCGACAACUGGAUCAUCAUCUUCUUGACGGGCAAGGGCGACGACAAAUGCGCCUCACGCUUCUCCUUCUGUCUCUCGGCCCUUCUCUAUCUCAUUCUCAUGACCACCAUGUUGUCUUCAAUCUUUGACGACGAUGACAAGUGUGUGUCACCAGUCGACUGCCAGCUCUCUCUAUUCCAGAACGCCUUCACAGUACUAGGCAUGCAGGCCGUCUACUCAAUCGUGUACAGCAUCAUACUAUUCUUCUCCUUCCGUUGCCAAGGAGCAAUCCGAGUACGACCAACCGCCCGAAUCUGGCUGUUCUUCCUUCUCUCAACUUCAUUACUUCAAUUGGUAUCAGCCAUUCUCAAGAUAUUCCAUAUUGAUGCCGGAUAUUGCGCAAUGUAUCAAACUGUGCCAUCCCAAGCAAUGUCCAACCACAAGAUGACGUUGGAUCAACAGACGAGACCGACAGCAACCAAGACUUCCACUACAUUGGUGAUUAAUUACAAUCAUGGUGUCUGGACACCAACACAACACAACUACCUCCUUCAAUCAAAUCAACCAAUCAGUGUGGAACAACAUUGUAAUACCAGGCAAUCAAUCAUGGUAGCCACCACACAAGACUUCACUCUAUCCAAGUGUCAAGUCUGCCCACUCCCCUAUGUCAAUGUCCUGGACUUCUGGUAUCAAGCAGUCCAGACU